GUGUUUGCCAACCGAUUUACGCAGAUGUUCUCGGACUAUGAGGCAUUUGUCAUUCAGGCUGCUCAUGACAUGGAAUCUUGGCUGACCAACCGAGAGCAGAUGCAGAAUUUUGAUAAAGCUUCUUUCUUGUCAGACCAGCCAGAGCCCUACCUCCCGUUCCUCUCUAGGUUCAUUGAGACGCAAAUGUUUGCCACAUUUAUCGACAAUAAGAUCAUGUCUCUAUGGGAGGAGAAGGAUCCUUUGCUUCGAGUUUUUGAUUCUCGCAUCGAGAAGAUCCGCCUGUACAAUGUCAGAGCGCCAGCAAUUCGCACUUCUACCUACCAGUCAUGUACCACCUUAAAGGAAGCCACUGUGUCUGUCGAGCAGCGUCUGAUGAAGAUUGAUCACACGGCCAUACACCCGCACUUGCUAGAUAUGAAGAUCGGGCAAGGGAAAUACGAGCAAGGCUUCUUUCCUAAGCUGCAAGCUGAUGUUCUCAUGAACGGACCAAUAAACAACAAUCGCUGGGUCAGCCGGAACGCUACAGCGCAAAGGAGAAAGGACCGCCAGCGGCAGCACUCGGAGCACCUAGGAUUAGACAACGACUUGCGGGAGAAAUAUAUGCAAGAGGCGAGAAGCCUGGGCAAGACAGUGAGACAACCCAAACUCUCUGAUCUCUCCCCUGCGGUCAUAGCCCAGACCAACUGCAAGUUUGUUGAAGGGUUGCUGAAAGAAUGCCGGAUGAAGACAAAACGGAUGCUGGUGGAGAAGAUGGGUCAUGAGGCCGUUGAGUUGGGUCACGCUGAUGCCAACAUAACUGGAUUAGAAGAAAACACUCUGAUAGCCAGUCUGUGUGACCUUCUGGAGCGGAUUUGGAGCCAUGGCCUUCAGGUCAAACAGGGUAAAUCUGCUUUGUGGUCUCAUCUGGUGCACUUCCAGGACCGGGAGGAGAGGCAUGAGCGCAAUUCUGAAUCUCCUGUUACUGUGGCAUCAGAAAGAAGAAAAUCGGAUACAUGUGGUGGAUUACCAUCAUUACGGGUGUCACUUAUUCAGGACAUG